CAAUUCCGUAUUUGUUGCUCGAGCAAAAGACGUCCGUCGUCUUCAACCUUUCAGCUUCCACCACCCAUUGGCGCCCCGUACGACCAUCAUGUAUUCUCGCCCAUCGCUGAGAAGUGGCCAAAGGGCUCUGCGCUGCCUACAGUGCAGUCAAAAGCGCGGCCUUGCUGCUCCAGCUUCGGGUUCCUUCGCCUACCAGAUCGGUGAGGCUGCCGGGACAAAAUUCGCAAGCCGAGAUCUCACUGGCCCAACCACGACGUUGGCCUUAGUCUCGAGGGCUGGAACUCGCUAUCAAUUCCUUCCAGGCCUUACAGAGGGUCUACGAGGCUUCGCUUUCAGGAAUACCGAGAACCGCUCUGCUCUGCGCAUUGUUCGGGAAUCAGAGCUGCUCGGUAGCGAAUUGAGCGCGUACCACUCGCGGGAGAACCUCGUUCUGUGCGCAAAAUUCAUUCGUGAUGAUCUACCCUACUUCCUCGAGUUGCUUGCUGAGGUUGCUGGAAAGACUAAAUACCAAAACCACGUUUAUGCCGAGCAGAUCCUACCAAUCCUUAAGCUAUCUCAAAAGAACUUUUUAGCCAACACGCAGCAGAUGGCCCUGAGCUCCGUCCACGGCAUCGCCUUCCACCGUGGCCUGGGUGAGCCGCUCUUCCCAUCAUCAUCCACCCCGAUCAACAAAUACCUUGAUGCUUCGACAAUUGCCGAAUUCGCUUCGGCAGCAUACACAAAGCCUAACUUCGCCAUUGUUGCGAACGGUGCGGACCAUGGGCAGAUGUCGAAGUGGGUCGGAGAGUUCUUUAAGGAUAUCCCAUCAGCUCCCGCUUCUGGCGUGCCAUCCAUAACGACUGAACCAAGCAAGUAUUACGGAGGUGAAGAACGCAUCGCUCAUGCCGCUGAUAACACCAUGAUUAUCGGUUUCCCCGGUUCAAGUUCCUUUACAGGAGGCUCUUACAAACCGGAGAUCUCCGUACUCGCUACUCUUCUCGGCGGUGAAUCCAGUAUCAAGUGGUCACCAGGCUUCUCGUUGCUCUCCAAGGCGACUGCAAACAUUUCGAGCGUAGGUGUCAAAACCAAGAGCGCUAUCUACUCUGACGCCGGCCUUUUGUACACGCAAAUCCAUGGAUCAGCAGUUGGCGUUGCAGCGGCGGCCAAGAAGGUGGUCGAAACCAUUACGGCUGUUGCCAAUGGCCAGAUCUCUAAAGAGGAUAUCACAAAGGCCAAAGCUCAGGCCAAAUACAAGGAGCUUGACUUCGGCCAGAACAUCAACAAUGGCAUAGAGCUUACUGGCAAUGGUCUGAUCACUGGCAACAAGGCGUAUCAAGUUGAUGAGACCGCGAAGUUGAUCGACGCUGUGGAUGAGGCUAAAGUCAAGGCUGCUGCCAAGGCGCUUCUUGAAAGCAAGGCUUCAGUCUCUGCGGUUGGCGAUCUACAUGUUCUGCCAUUUGCAGAAGAGCUUGGUCUGAAAGUGUAAAUAGUAAACAGCAAUUCUUGUGCUGCGCGAUAUGCGGGUUUGUAUCAUCAAAGUGUAUCAGGUCGAAUAGAUUCCUUUUCGCCAUUGUAGAUACAAAGACUUGUCUCGCUGAUUUCAUAUCGCCACAAAUGCUUCUCCAAUAGUUUUCCAUCACCUAACGGCUGAGUCACGAUCUUUUUCAAUCCCCGUAGGAAAUAUAUCGAUCACGUUCUCCAGCCGGUAUGUGUCGUAGACUACGAGCUCCUAAACUCAAUUCGUAUGCUAUCUUCAAUCAUUAUACUUGGCCCAUUGAUUCAGUCGAGGAGUUUCCGGAUGUUUUUGCUUUAUUUAGUCAAGGUCGAUCGAGGAAACUGAGUCAAAUGCUUGAUGAAAUAUGUUUGAAUACA